AUGACUAUCACCCUACAGGACGUGGCCUAUCAGUUGGGACUCAAGAUUGACGAUGAUCCUGUGAGUGGAUGCAUAGGUGGGUGGGAGCAACACUACCAGGGAUGGACUAUUAAAGAGUUAUAUGAGCAGAUACUGGGUGUUGUUCCCAGUCCAAAGGACAGACAGUCUCAGACGAAGUGGACUAUGAAGCUCUCUUGGUUCCACAACACGGUUUAUGGAGAGCUAGAGCAGGAUGCCACAGAAGAGCGCCUGAUGAGAUAUACAAGAGGAUACAUCAUGCAGUUGAUAGGUGGUAUCCUCUUCCCCGAUGCAUCUGACUCUCGAGUGCAUUUCAGGUGGCUUCCUCUGCUGGAGAACCUUGAUGCGUGUGACCGGUUGUCAUAG